GGAGGAUAUUGUAAGGAUAUGGUCUUGUAAACUUAUAAAGAACGAGAGGGAGACAGAGAGAGGGGGGAGGGGUGUUCAGGGAAGGAUGUAGGGCUUUCCGGGCACAGGCCGAGAUGAGCGAGCCGCAGGGGAGGGGCUCUCGUCGAUGGGCCGGGGGUGUUCUCACGCAGCGUCAGGUAUGUCGUCGUCUUGUUAUCGCACGGCGACGCUGUCGAAUCUCGGCGGGCAAAGAACAAUUCUACUCCUAUUGCUCGGCAUCUGUCCACGGGGUUGCGUGCCGCAUCCUUUUGUGGCGUGGCCUAGGCCUGGCACAAGACGUGAAUCAUCUGAAGUGCGUCGUCGGCUUGGCAGCGGUUCGAGACGCGAAAGCGACCCUUUGUGUGCGCAUGAUCCUGGACAGGACCUGGACGGGACGGGACAACAUCGCUCGGGUCGGGAAGUGCACACUGCAGUACGCGGUAGGGGAGCCAGCGCUGGCGGACUUGGUCGCCUAUCAUCUGCUCUUGCCCGGGGUGUCUCGGUGGCGUGGUCACGCGUGCCGAACGGAUGGGACACGACGAAUGACGACUGAAACGAGCACAUAAUUUGUAAAUUAGUAUGUGAAUUAAUAUAAGCAA